AUGACCAACAACCCUCAAAACCUUAAUCCCUCCUUUCCCUCAAACAGUAUAAAUGCCAACCACAGUAUUGCUACUACUAAGCCUCACCCUCCUACUAAUAACCACAACAACAACAACCAUACCCACCAUAACCACCAUCAUCAAGGUGCUGUGGAUACUGGUGGAGGAUUGCACAAUGCUCACGUUCAUACAUCUGAUUCCUCGAAUUCAGUCAAUGAAGCCUCUCAACCUCUUCAUACCACACAUGAACACCAACAACCAUCCACAACACAUGUAGGACCUACAAGCGCAUUGUCAUCAGGAUUCAAGAAGGCAAAUUCGGAGGUUAGAAAUGAGAGUUUCUCGAGCACUUCUGGAGAGACCUUUUCCUCUACGGAUCUCUCGACCUUGCACUACAAGAUCACUCAAGAUGUCAUGCUCUUUCUUUACACCAUGCAAAAUAAUUCGAGAAGACAUGGAUGGAAACAUUACCUUCUCGAUUUGGUAUUACACGCUCAGCUAUUUUGGAGUUUCCUAUUCAUCCCGGUGUUAAGUCCGCAAGACUUUUUGUUUGGACAGUGGGGAAGUUGGAUAUUUACCAUUGCUAAUUGGUCGACAUCUCUCUCUAUGGAUUUGCUACCUUAUUACGGAGCAGUGGGAAUUACCAGUGCUGCCUUAGUUCUCUUAUUGAUCAUGAUCUUGCUGUACAUUAUUGGAAGGAGAGCUGCACGUGAGACAUCUGCUAUGGUGGUGUAUUUGAGAAAGAUUCUUCACACUCUCUCUUUUAUCAUCAUUCUUUUGUCGACACCGAUGGCAUUUAUCUUUUCAAGCUUCUUUGAUUGUGGUUAUGGAUUUCAAACUAGACCUCAUGUAUUUACUUCUGAUGUCAACCAUAAUUCAGUCACCACUCAAUCUUCCAACCACACGCAACCGUCUUCUUUCACUGAUAAUGGUGGCAUGCAAAUGAAUCUCAAUAGAUUUCCCACGACUGCUUGUUUUGCAAGCGAGAAUAUUAUCAUGUGGACAAUUGCACUGAUUGGAAUGAUUGCCCUACUUGUAUUAACUGUAUUGUCCUCGUGUAUCAUACCACACAUGCAUCCUUUAAGCACUUCUCUAUUCAAGAGUGAUUCCUUAGUUUUUAGAGUGAGCUUUCUAUGUUGUAACAUUGUUUCAAUUACCAUACAUUACCUUAUACCUCCGCAUUUUGCCUUUGCACGAUCCUCUGCUCAUAUAGUGAUAAGCCUUGCGAUGUCAUACUUGGUCUUUAAAACAAUACCAAUGAUGAGAAGAUGGGAAAAUUCUCUUGUCUUUGCAAUAACUGCAUGUAGAUUAGGAACUUCUAUCGGCGGGCUUAUUUCACAUUUGACUAAUGCGACAUUGAGUGAUGAAUUUGGAAUUGCGAUGGCCAUGAUGACCAUUGGUUUGAUGACUCUUUUCUUUAUUGCUGGAUUUAUUGGAAUGGAAAUUUAUACGAGGAUUGUUUUUAAAAUGUUCAAGAGCAUGUACUUUAAUCCACAAGAAGACAACGAAGGAGAACGUGAACUAUUGCAAUUAUUUCAAGUAAUGGAUGAUAACAAGCAUUUGCCUCUCUUAUAUUUGUUUCUUAAGUUUUCCAUGGCUUCUUCAUCCCAUCAUGAUGAUUUACUUCAAGGAAUUAGCUUUAUUCGUGGUGUGACGUCUUUGAAAACUUUCAAUGAUGUUCAUUCUCUCAUAAUUUCAUCUCAAAUUGUGGCAUAUUUUAUACCUGACGAAAUUAAUUCAGCGAGUUUUGCUCACGCCUUGUUAAAGAAGGCCAUGAAACAACGUCCUAACAUUUAUAUCAAGUUCCUUAUUGGCCAAAAGAAAAAAGAGAUUGAAGUAUUUACAUCAGAAGUAAUUAAAACUGAUGGAUCUAUGGAGUUAAAGGCAACACUCCUCAAAAUGGAAAAGAAAACUAGAGAAUUAACAGCUAUUCAUAGACACUUUUUUAAGGAGUUAAUGCAAGAGAUUGUUUCAUACGAAAAACUUGAAAGAAUGAUGAUUCGUUGUGCGAUAUUAGAAGGAGAAUGUGACUCUAUUUUCAAAAACGUUCUCAAACUUUAUAACAACGACAAAACUGUUCUGCGAAUGUAUGCAAAAUAUUUGGAAGAUUUCAAAUUCAACAAACAGCUUGCUCAAGAAUUUUAUGUAGAGGCCUCUGGUAUUGAGGAAGAAGAAUCUGUUCGAAAACGCAUUGCAGGUUAUAGAAAUAACAACACAAAGAAGAUUCUUAAAAAAACCAAGACCUCGACAAGAGUUGUUCAUCCAGAAUCAGAGGAAAACCUAUCGACAUUGCAAGAGGCAGACAAGAGAUAUCGUUCUAAUACCUCGAUCACUUUAAGUGUUCAUUCUAAAAAUCCAACAGAAGAGAAACCCUAUGAUUUGGAAAGAGGUAAUAGCGAGACCAGCUUUGAUCUCACUGGAGUCGACACUUUGAACAAUGAAGCAAAGCGAGAAUUAACUUAUAGAUCCACAUUAUCAACGCCAUCUUCGAGAGUUAUUCAACUAGGGCUGUUCGGAAUUUUCAUUGUAAUUUCUUUUCUCCUCGUCACAGCAAGUUUACUCAUGGGCUAUUUCAUUUCUCAUGAGGUGACAGAUCACGUAACAACAGCACGAAGUGCUUGCGCUCCUAUUAUGGGUUUAACAACUGUAUUGGUCAAUACACGAGGAUUUCAACUGGUACAUGGGUUUGGAACUGAGAGUUUUCCCCAUGACCUAUCGACUCAGUUGUUUCUAAGUCUUGAUGAAAAUAAGGAAAUGAUGCAAGAAAUGAGAAAUUUGGCAAUUGAAUUAAGAGAUGCUGCUUAUAACUCAAAAUUCUCGGAUAGAAUUUAUUCUGUGUAUCAUGGAGAAGGCUUUCCUGUACUAAUUCCUCAAAUUGAAAACAAUAAUAUUAGAGUGUACAAUGUUACUGCACAAGAAAAUGCCACAAUAGCGGAUAUUAACAACAUGAUAAUAGAAGCUACAAAAGAAUUGCUGAACUAUGACGAAACUGAACUCCUUCAAACCUUGACCAGUUAUGAGUUCAUGCUUUUGCAUCGAAACUUUGACACCUUUAUACAUGCCUAUUCAACAUUUUGCAACGAAUUUAUGAACUCUUCUCAGAAUGAUGCUAUAGAAUUGAAUCAUACUUAUAUCGUUUAUACCUCUGUUGCUCUUUCCAUUUAUGUUCUAUUUUCAAUCUUUUUUAUGAUUUUCAUGAGGUUUGAUUUGGUUAUUGUAAAGAAACAAAUUAAGCUGUUACAAAAAUUUGUAACAAGAAAUGAGAUUGGAAAGAUCUAUCACGAACUCGGAAAGAAGGUUGGUGACGAAACGACCAUCCACAUUUCUAAAGCCGCAUAUCUCAAACCCAAAAAUUUGUUCAUCAUACUUUCCAUAGCUCUUGUGUUCACGGUAACCCUAAGUUGUGUUUUGUUUUUGGAGCAAACACUUUCUAAUACUAAUUAUAGUGUAAGAUCAUAUUCUACCAUCAGGUACAGUUAUGGCACUCUCACUUUUAUUCAGCAUCUCGCCUUUUAUGUAACUGAAAUAUUCACUUCAAAAGCAAUUGCCAACCAGACACAAUUAUUGAGGAAUGACGAGCUCGAAUUUUUCCACAGUGAUUUCAAUAAUAUUGUGAAUUCUCUUCGUGAGUAUUGGGGGAAGUGUUUGUUUGGAUCGAACUCACAAACAGGUAUUGACAACAGAGUGAUUGGUCUAUUUCCGGAAACUGAUGAAAUGAUCAAGGGCAACGAAAAUUGCACUCUUGAAAAAGUUUUACACGCAUCCACAUCUCGUCAUAACCUUUCAUGUGUUGUUGGAGUUGAUAGCACCAUUUCUGAGAUUGUUUUGAAGAGUAGAAAAUUGAUCGAAAACGUUCAAGCUGUUGACAGUUCGAUGUGGCAAAAUAUUGACUUUUUCAUGGAUGUUGCUUUUCUAACAAGUUACACCUCUCAAGUGUUGAUCGAAUUUUCAGACGUAUUCGCUUUUGCCUCAUCUGAACCAAAGCUUGAAGUAUUUACAGCUGUUGCUGUGCUUGCUUUUGCAGCCUUGAUUGUAUUGCUACUGUUUUUAGUCAACUCCAUGUCUCUUCAUUCAAAAACCACUUUCAUCAUGCGAAUGAUGUUCAAUUAUAUUUCUCUUGAAACUAUUGAGAGUAACGAACGCUUGAAAAAUUAUGUUUUAUAUCAUUCCUUAAUAAGCUUUUUGGAAAGGUUUAACCGCCAUGCGAAUUCAGACAACUCAGACGCCAAACUCAUUUCAAUUUUGAAUGCAUCCGUUGAAGGAGUUGUGCUGUGUAAUUCGGCACUGGGUAUGGAAAUUGUGAACCCUGCCUCUCUUAGAAUGUUUGGAUAUCAACACGAAGAUGUCAUUGGAAAGCCAUUAGUGUCACUGUUUGAAAAGAGUAAGCAAGAAUCGAUAAGAAAAGAAAUCGAAUCGAUGAAAUCAAGCGUUACUGAACAUGAUUCCAAAGGAGAAACCUUUGACGUGGAUUGUCUCAGAAAGAACCAAACAUUGUUUCCUGCCAAAGUAACUAUAUUCAUUUCCGUCUUUGAAAAGAAGCAAAUUGUCACCUGUUUUCUCAAAGAUGUAACCAGUGAAAAGAAACAAAAUUCUCUUCUUGCUGAAGAAAAGAAGAAUAGUGAAAAGUUGCUGCUCAACAUUCUUCCAGAGGUUGUUGCUUCCCAGUUAAAGAGUGGCAUUUCUCUGAUUGCCGAAAAGUUUACAGAUGUGACUUGCUUUUUUAGCGAUAUGGUCAAUUUCACAGCAAUGUCAUCCACCAUGUCACCAACAGAUUUGGUAGCCAUGCUGAAUAUGAUUGUCAAUGGAUUUGAUAACCUCACCGACACUUAUGAACUUGAAAAAAUCAAAACCAUUGGAGAUGCAUAUUUUUGUGCUGGUGGAUUGUUUAAUAGCUUGUCAGAUCAUCCUGAGCGAGUGCUGCGUUUUGCCAUGGAUACAUUUUCAGUAAUACGAGGGUUUAACAGCAAUUUGAUGACAGAGUUUUAUAGCGGCACUAAUGAAAAUAACUCACCUCCUAAACAAAUCAACAUUCGUUGUGGCAUCAACACGGGUAGCGUUGUUGCAGGAGUUAUUGGAAAGAAAAAGUUUGCCUACGACCUGUGGGGAGAUACCAUCAAUGUUGCCUCAAGAAUGGAAUCGACAUCCUUGGCUGGAAGAAUUAGAAUAAGCCGUUCAACCUACGAACGAGUACACGAUCUAGGUUUGACGUUUAUCGAAGAAACGAUCGAUGUGAAAGGUAAAGGCCUGACACAAACCUAUUUAUUGAACGCUUGCCAUCAUGUAUGUGCUAUAUUGACGCCAGAAGAAAUCAAUCAACUCACAAGAAAUGAAAAUGAUCAAUUAAGCGUCGAGAAACUCAAUCAAAACAACCAACUAGAGAAUGCAAAUGGUUCUAAACCUUCACUUUCUGAAUAA